AUGCCGGUAACGAUUCGACAACGGCGGCGCUUACUUAGAUCAACCGAUGCUAACCCUACUCCUCCUCGGACGCUUCUUCGGCCGCGGCGAGUCGACCCGUGCUCGUCAUGGGUUGGUGUUGGCUGCGACACUGGCGGGCGAGUGGUGUCGCUAGACCUCUACGGGCUCCGGCGGACUCGACUUGGUCGCCAGAACCCUCGAUUCGCCGUCGAAGGGAUUCAGAAUCUCACCCGGUUGGCUUCCUUUAACGCUACUGGAUUUACGCUCCUGGGCUCUAUUCCCGAUUGGUUUGGAAGCCGCCUACCGCCGUCGCUUGCCAUUCUCGACCUUCGCCGCACGUCUAUUUACGGGGACAUACCUUACUCCCUCGGAGGAGCCACUGGCCUCACGGUGCUCUCCCUAGCGGAAAACUCGGUCACCGGCAGCAUUCCUCCCACACUAGGCAGGUUGAGAAAUCUCUCAUUUCUCGAUCUCUCCCGGAACUUGCUCUCUGGCGAUGUGCCCGCAGAGUUUACGGGCAUAAAAAACGUCACUUACCUCGACCUCUCCUCCAAUUUCAUCACCGGAGUAGUGCUGCCGGAGAUCGGAGACUUGUCGAAGUUGGAAACCUUGAUUCUUGCUAAUAAUAGCUUCACCGGCUCCAUCCCUCCGGAGCUAGGGAACGUCUCUUCCCUCUUUACACUUGAUCUCAGCUUCAAUUCGCUAUUCGGUGCGUUACCUGAUAGCUUGAGUAAUCUUAGCAAUUUGAGACAUCUGAAAUUGGGGAGCAACUUCCUCAGUGGAUUUCUAAGAUCGAAUAUCUUCUCUGGUUUGUCAUUGCUUGAGUCGAUCACAUUGAGUCGAAACAACUUCUCCGGCGAGCUUCCGGAUUCACUGUGGUCGCUCUCAAAGUUGCGAUUCCUUGAUAUCUCCUACAAUAACUUCACGGGCAGUCUGCCGGAGCUCUCCUCUACCAAUGCUAAUCGCAAUGCAAUUGGUGGUUCAAUUAAUCUUUCACAUAAUCUUCUGUAUGGUUCGAUCUCCUCUGGGUUCGCAAUCCUGCUUUCUAGGCUUAGUUAUGCGGACAUAUCAGAUAAUUAUUUGCGAGGUUUUGUGCCUCGUGAUGGUACAAGCAGGAUUCUAUCUGUCAAAAUGAAUUGCUUUCAGAAUGCUUCGAGCCAGAGAACCCAAGCUGUCUGCGAGCAUUUUUAUGAGGACAGAGGGAUACCAUAUGAUGAUAUUGUGAAUGAAAAUUCACCGCCUGCUACUAGCCUCAGAUCGAACUCAUCCAAGAGCUACAAUGCCUGGAAGUAUAUUGUAAUAGCAGUAGUUGGUGGCACUGCCCUCCUUGUGUUAGUGAUUAUUUCUGUUAUGCUGUGUUUUAGACGGUGCAGAAGCCUUUCAUCCGAGCAGAGGGAUGGGAGUCAGAAUGCUUCUUCAUCCAUCCCAGGAGGAGGCUUGACGCGGCCUCCUAUAGUUGCUGUUAAUUUGCCAGCUGUGGGAGUGGCCUUUACAUUUGAGCAAUUGGCACGGGCAACCUUGGAUUUUGGUGAGGGGAACCUAAUCAAGCAUGGAAAAUCAGGAGAUAUCUACCAUGGAAUAUUGGAAAAUGGUAUAAAUGUGAUUGUUAAAAGGAUAGACAUGGGCAGCGUUAAGAAGGAAUCUUAUAUGGUGGAAUUGGAUUUCUUUGCCAGUUUUUCGCAUGAGAGAUUGGUUCCUUUUGUUGGUCAUUGCUCAGAGAAUGAGAAUGAGAAGUUUCUUGUUUAUAGAGAAAUGCCUCAUCGUGACUUGUCUAAUGCACUUUAUAGAAAACCCUCACCAGGGGAGGAGGGCUUACAGUCACUGGAUUGGAUAACAAGGUUGAAGAUAGCGACAGGGGCAGCAGAGGCUCUCUGUUUUCUGCAUCAUGAGUGUGUGCCGCCAUUGGUUCAUAGAGAUAUUCAAGCAAGCAGUAUCCUUCUAGAUGAUAAGUUUGAAGUGCGCCUUGGAAGCUUAAGCAUUGUAUGCACUCAGGAAGGGGAUGGCUAUCAGAAUGUGUUCUCUAGAUUCUUGCGAUUUUCACAGACACCGGAGCAAAGUGGCACAGGCCUGCCACCUGCAUCAUGUGCCUAUGAUGUCCAUUGCUUUGGCAAGGUUCUACUAGAGCUGGUGACAGGCAAGCUUGGUGUUAGUGGCUCAAAUGAUGCUUCAACAAAUGAAUGGCUCGAGCACACUUUACGCUUCAUAAACAUCUAUGAAAAGGAGCUCAUAACCAAAAUAGUUGACCCAUUACUCAUAGUGGACGAGGACCUGCUCGAAGAGGUGUGGGCAAUGGCGAUUGUGGCGAGGUCUUGUCUGAAUCCCAAGUCGUCAAAGCGGCCUCUUAUGAAGUACAUUCUAAAAGCAUUGGAGAAUCCAUUAAAGGUGGUUAGAGAUGAAAACAAUUCUGCUUCAGGCAGGUUAAAAGCUACAUCUUCAAGAGGCUCUUGGAAUGCAGUUCUCUUUGGAAGCUGGCGGCAUAGCUCAUCGGCGGACAUGCCUUCUGUUUCAGCACAGCCACGGGACGACCGGAGUUUAAGACGUUCUGGUACGAUUAGAUCACAGGGAAGUGCCGGCGAGCAUUCUUUCUCUCGCCGGAGACCAUCCAAGGAUAUCUUCCCUGAGCCACAGGACAUUGAGGAUUCAUAAGACGGUGGUCUAAAGCUGAUUCUUUGGAUAAAAUGAUUCAUUGCAGGCUCCCUAUUUGUGUGCCUGCCACCAAUCAGCAUCGAAUCUGCAGGUAUUCGGAUCCUAUUCAAUUACCAUUUGGAUUGUCUGAUGCAGUUGUUAUAUAUCUCAGGCUUCGUUUGGGACGGCUUUCUUACUGCUUCUUAAACCAGUUUUUUAGUGCAAAUUUUUAUGCUAAAAAGCUGCUUUACGAAGUAAUAAAAAAGCCGUCCCAAACAAAGCCUUAGUCUUACAUUUUCUUUUUAGGCAGCUUGAAUUGAUUCCAUUUAUUUUUUAUUUUUAUUUUUUUUUUCAAAAUAGUGGGAUUGAUCCCAGCUGCUUAAAAGUGAAUUAUAUGGUUGUUGUGCAAUUGUUUGGUAAUUGGUGGGGAUCCGAAUCGACUGUGCAAUCCUUGAAAUUGUUCUCCUCAAAGGUGGGGGAAUGGUUUGAUGUAAUUUUCAUUCAUUCUCUUAUAUUUCUGCUUUAUAGAAAGUGGAAAAAGAAAGUUUUUUAGGGCAGCAGAUUGGGUCAGAUUAUCAAGAGAGGUUAUGGUGGUUAUUGUGGGCUUGGGUUUUCAAUUUUUCCCGUUGCAGUCUGGCAUGAGAGUUGAGUUCUUAUAUUUUUUUUCCUAAAUAAUUAAAUUUAUUUU